UUUAACAUAAUUUUCUUCCGGCCAUAGUCCAUCGGUAGUUCCACCUUAAAAUGCGAAGAAGAGAGAGAGAGAGAGAGACGAUAAACGAAUAAUGAUUAUAUGUUUGCAGAAAAAAGCAGCAGAUUGACUACAGCGUAUUUUUUUGGAAAAUGUACUUGAAGCGUUUCCUCGUUGCCACGGCUGUUGGCUUCAUGUGGUAUUUUUCAGAUUACGGAGAAGUUACUCUCCAGUUAGGCGUGUUUAUCUGCGUUCUUUUGUCUUUUAAGCUCUUCAAAAGGUCUGUUGAAUGUAGUACACAGACAGAUGACUUGGCUGAAAAUUCACCAAAUCAGGAGGGAAUGUUUUGGACAAAACCAAGACUACACUUUCUUCAAGAAUGAAAUAAAUGAGGAGAAAAUAUGCAGUUCUGAUGGGAGCAGUAUGAUCAGUACUAAGGAGGAAUCAUCACAUGGGUUACAAUAUGUAAAUGUUAAGAGAUCUCUUCAAAAAGUGUUUGAGUGUGCAUAUGAGCAGACAUUCGUUCCUUGGUACAAUGUACCUGAGGCCAUCACCAGCCAGCCACUGCAUGGAGCUCUCAAGACUGAGUUUGACCUGUUUGUUGAUCGGCUCAUCAGUAGGGCACGAGGGUUUGAUCUUUGUGCUGCAAGUGUGGGGUGCAUUCGCAUCCUCAGCCAACACCUGCAUAAUGCAAAGCAGUCUAAAGGAGCCCCUCUGUUCAGCUCCCGAGCAGAGGAGAUGAGAGUCCUCCGGGUGUUUUCUGAAGCCCUUGUGCGGAACCUCCUCCCGGAGACCCUGUGGGACCUUGAACUCUACCGCUGUAUUUUAAAUGAAGUAGUUGCUGUAAAAGUGUUAGACCUUCUAGUGACUUGGCUCUCGGAUCCAGACAAUCUUAACCAGCUGAUAGUGAGCCAGCUGGAUGGAGUGGCCGUCGGCCGAUCUGUGGAGGACCUGUGUGAGUCCGAGAGAGAGGACGGUGCCUCCUCAUCCGAGUCUGAAGACGCUGGAGCCUCAGCAGAUGAUGCAGAGGAUAUCUCCAGAAAGAGAAAGAAACCUGGUAAGAAAUUAAAAGAAGGAUGGUCAAAAUUUCUUGAAAAAAUGAAGUCCAAGAAGGCCAAGAAGAAGGAGCAGGAGCUGAUCUUCAAGGCCCUAGAGCGCCAGAGUUCAGCUUCCCCUGAGGAUUACUGUAAUGCUGUCAGCAACAAUAAGGGCUCUGUCAGGAGUGAAACAGACUCUGAAAGUGAGGGCAGUGACUUCGAGACCUACCUUACAAGUGUCCAGGAGGACAUGAUGGAGUUUAAGUUGUCUUAUGAGAUGUGGAGAGUGGGUAACUGGAAUGUCACAGUGAAGAAUGUUCAGCGAGAGAGUGAGGAGUUAUGUUUCACAGUUCAUCUGGAAGAACGAGACAACCCUGAAAAUCUGCACUGGGAUGUGAUGAAGACGCAAACAGACCUCCUCUUCUUCCAUAGCCGAUGGCAGGACAUGUCAGGUCUGCCAUCGGUUUCUGCCAUAGUUGAUGACAAAGGGAGGGAUCUGGAUGAAGCAUUUCAAGAAGAAACUAAGACCACUUUGCAGACUUUUCUUCAGGAACUGGUUUCAGAUUCCCAGUUUGGCCACAGUCAGCCAGUGUUUCAAUUCCUGUGUCCACUGGACAAGUUGCUGAGCGAGGAGCAACCUUGUGGCGGAGUGUGGGGUCUCGUCAGUGGCAUCGCCUACUUCCUGACUCCUUCAUACGAGGAAGAGGAGCACUUUAGCCCGAUUGCAGAGGCUAACACAGAGGACAUGAAGACUACAGUCAUAAUGAAUAAGCUAGAGGUUGUGAAAAAUGAAGUGGAACAUACUGAAGGAGACUCUAAAGAACCUCAUCACACCAGCCUCAAUAGUAUGUGUCCUACCAAUGCCAGUAACACUGACCAGGUUGAAGAGAUUGAACCUACACGGGCCGAUGACGGCACAUCUGAAGGGUUAGAGGAUGACUGUGAUCAACCCGGAGCCAUAAUCAGCGGGCUCUCCAGUAUCACGGAAAGUUUUGAUGAAUUUCUGGCCAAAGCUAAAUCUGUGAUUCCCAAAGUGCAUCAUACAAUAAUCAAUCAAAAUUCAGACUCUUCGGUGUUAAAUGAUUCUUGGUCUCAUCUGGGGAACAAAACAAGUAAAAGGGACAACAUUUUACAAAAAAUGUCUGCUGGGAGGCACAAGAGCAAAGAAAAAGACCAAGGCUGCAUAGCAAAAGAGGACUCGCAUACUCAGAGCCAUUUGGAGAAAAACACUAACCAGUCUUGGGAACAUCUGGAAGCUACUAAAGCCAUAUUUGAUUUGCUGAAAGAAAUAUCUGGUAAUUCAUUUAUCCUCAACAUAUUUGAUGCUAUUUUAAAACCAGUUAUGCCUUUGGUGAAGAAGAAAGUGAAUAGCUUCUUGGAUAGAAUGAAUCCUACAGAAGCACAGGUGGCAUCCUGCAUUGACACUGCUCGGGAAAAGCAGUGGCCCGAGGGUCCUCAAACCUCAAUGGACUCAAGACCUCAAAGGACUCAAGAGGAGAAGAGUGGCACGAGAGAACGAGCUCAACAACUCAUCAAUACCAAAUAUUCAAAGUAUCUUAUACUCAAGAAGACUGAUGUGGAAACAGUGUUUAAGAUCUUCCAAGAGGCUGAGGAGAACAGGAAAUUGGCCUAUAUGCUGCUAUCAUUCCUGUUGCAUGAAUUCUUGCCCGGAGAACCUGCUCUUAAUGUGAUAGCUCAACUAUAUGUGAAAGACGUCAUUUGACUUCAAAUAGAAUCACAGUUUUUUUAGCUGUUUAUUUAUUAUAAAAUGAUUAGUAUACAUUUUAUCAUUCCAUAGUACUGGUCAUGUAAUAUUUUAACAUAAAUAUAUUUUGAAUAAAUCCUCUCUUUUUAUGAAUGCAUUUGAACUGUGAAGUUCAAAAUGAAUUGAUACCUCAUGGAAUACUGUGACGACAUUUUUAAUUCAUUUCCCAAUCUCUGGCUGCCCCGCAGAAUUUUGUUUUGAUGUUUCUGAAGUUUUUUGCUAUGCACCACUUAAAUCACUUUAUUAUUUGGUUGUUGAAAUGUCUUGAUUGCUGAAAUUUACUACAAUUUUUUUUUUAAACUGAACUUUUUUGACAUUCAUGUCACUUCAGGGAGCACAAUGGGACUGUAUCAAACCUCACUUAAACUUGUUGUACAGUGUAUGACAAAUAAGUUAAGUAGCCUAUAUUUCUGAAGAAGCAAGCUUUUCAUGUCUUCUGAAAAGGAACUCCACAAAUGCUCCACAAGUCAUGAACCAGGCCUACUAAAACUGAAAGCCAUUUAAGAAUAAGAAAGAUUGUUGGCCUAAUUGAAGGGUUCGGUUUAUUUUAAAAUGUGUUAUGUGUUAUGUGUUUAUUUUAAAAUGUGUGUGGGAGAUUCAUGAGUGUAUCCAGAAAGCUAAUGUUUCUGCAAAUUUCAAUAAAUGUGUUUCACCUGUAA